GAACUAUCCCAGACACGUCGUAAAUUUCGAACCAAUCACACAACACAAGUACGGAACCUCAUAUUCGUAUCCAAUUUCUGCAAGUAGCGAGGUGGCUUUGUAUUACCAGACGCCCCAGUGGUGCAAAUCCCAGAUCGUUACCACACAACGUCCGCAACAGUGGAGUACGAAAAACACUUCCUCGCGCACAGAACCCAAACUAAACAUCUUCCAAACCCUCAUCACACAUAGACAAGAACGAUGGCGUACGCAAUCCCGUCCAGCUCCCUCCGCAUAAUAGCAGCAACAGCCGCCCCCUGGCUAACAGAACACCCCAAACUGAACCUCACCAAUAUCACUAUCGAAACUACAUCCAGCGUGUCCAGUUCAACAUCCAUAUCCAACUACGCAUCACCACCACUACCAUCAACUCCAACGACCACCCUCUCACACAUUCCCUCCAUCACGCAAAACACCUGGCGAAACUGCGCUCCCCAGGAACCCGCUUACGGUGCCACGCCCGUAGAAGACAAUAUGUGGUCUUUUUACUCCUCACCUCUCAUCCGCGAGCCUGCUCUCAACGCCACCACACCAGACAUAUACUCUCUGUCCUUCCAAGGCGCAAACGCUUCGUAUGCCGGAAAGACGUAUCUGGGUCAUUACGAGCUGCAUUCGUAUGAUACGAGUGAAUGUGCAAGGAAGUGCGAUGCUUGGGGCGUCGAUCUGAACACCAACACCAAUCCCAAUCCCAAUCCCAAUCCCAAUCCCAAUCCCAAUCCCAAUCCCAAUCCCAAUCCCAAUCCCAAUCCCAACAAUACACCUCAGGAGUCAUCAGCACAAUCGUCCACCCCAAGCGACCAAACUCCGAAAUCUCCUCUUCUCAUCCCCACACCGCCCCCACAACCCCAAAUCUGCAAUGGCUUCAACCUGUAUUUCGAGCGCUCGCCGAGUAUCUAUCUAGGACCAAAAUGUCAAGACGCAGCCAGUCGCACGAUAAUCAAAUGUGCGCUUUGGGGUGAGGGGGUUGAGGAGGAAGGCGCCACGAAUACGGGGUAUACGGAGUGGGACUUUAGAGUUGUUAUUGCGGGGUCGAAUGGGUAUAGACUGGGAGAAGAGAAGGCGCAGGCGAAGGUGGAGAAAUCGGAGGGGGUUAAGAGUGUGGGCAGGAGUGUGGUAUGGAGUGGAGGGUUGGUGGUUUCGGUAGCUGUCAUGAUAGGGGAACUCGUGGGAAGGGGUAUCGGGUUUUGAGAAGGAAGAUGGAGGUAUGCGGGUAGCUGGUCGUUACACAAGAUGAAACACC